AUGGCUUCGAGCAAUAAUACAGCGAGGCAAGCCCUGGUCCCAGCGAACGAGUUGCUGCUGCUGGCUCAAGAGACUAAGGCCAUGAAGAAGUGUUUCAAUCCAGACCAAACACUCGGCAACUACGUCACAUCCUUCAACGUGGACACACCACCCAGUGCCGCUCGACAGCGACAGCUAGACGGUGUCUUGGCGGCCGAGGAGCGUCGACAAGCUGAAGUGCUGAAGGAGGGCAACUCGCUAGCAUUUUUCGACAUCAAAGUGGUCGAGAAGCAGAUUGACGAGAGUAGCGAGGAGCGAUCAGAGGCGACGUUUGCGCCCAAGAAGUCUCCAGCUUUUCAGAUUCUGCAGUCCGCUAGAUCUCUCUUUGCGAUUCGUGAAGCAGCCGAGAGGUUCCAGGAGAGCACGGGAGUGACGAACCUCAAGUACUUCGCUUUACCGCUCAAGACCACUGCUCGAUGCACCUUUGCGGUUGCGAGUGUGGUGCUGUCAAAGCUUGAGGCGGCCCAUGCGCAGUACGAGGAGCCGUUUGUGGCCGUGCACGCACUCUUUUCCUCUGAAAUGGAGGCGGUGACCUUCGCCAUGAACAUCAAGGCCUCUCAGCUAGUUAAUAGCGCCAUGUUGUGCAUCUUUCCCGUGGGCAAGUGGAUCUACCUCGAGCACGCGCACGACUGGUUCGUACAAGUGGAAGCCAACAAGCGCGAGAAGCGCGCUCCAUCCUUGACUGGAGUAUCGUCGACUACGUCGUCUCCGACGCGCUCGAGGCGGUUGUCGCUCGUGGUGGAGCCCCCCAAGCCUAUUUGGGAGCAAGAGCGUGACGACGCUCGUCGCCUUCACAACUUCAUCUGCGCUCGCAUGGGCGCCCCCAUGCCCGACAAGAAGAAGGACCGGACGGAGGAGAACGGCGGCUUCACCCCGCAGCCACUCGUCUCACUAGAGGACAAACUUGACACGCUUCACAGUUACCUGCAAGCGACCGCAGCAUUCACGGCUCGAACGGGUUACGGGGGAGUGGCGAUGCUCAAGUAUCGGCAAGUCAAGCGCUUCGGGUCCAUUAUGAGGUCCCGCAUUUCGGGUACACAGCCCCACGGCAAUGGCAACAGCAGCAGAAGUGGGAACUCGCCCCCGCCUCGAACCUCGUUCUCCCAUGUUAUUCCUGGUUAA